AUGGAGAAGAAGAAAAUGAAUGCAGUGGCUAUGGUGUUCAUCAUCCUUUUAUCGGCGAACAUGAACACGAUCGGUGUUGCUGCUCAAGGUGUCAAUUGCUAUGAUAACUGCAACACCGGCUGCGCUGGUCUCCCAUCAAAGGAGUACCUGAUUUGUGAUAACAAGUGCCACGAAAGGUGCGGAGAUGAAAGCAAAAUUGAUGGAAACCUAGUUGAAAGUGUUAAAAUGUAUUAGCUAGCAAGCUAUCGAGGCAUUAAUGUAGGGAGUUCUAUAAAUAAUAAUUGUCUGUUCGAUAAUAAUUUCUUCGUAGUUGGAGAAAAUAAACGUUACUUGUACGUGUAUGUUUAAUUAUUACUAUAGACUCUUUUUUUUCUACUGUAAUAGAAAUGCAUUGUAUGAUAAUGAAACUAUGUACUAUAUAUGAAAGUAUAAUUGUCAGUUCAA